AUGACCACGGACAUCCAGAAUCUCAAGUCCUUCGAUCCGUUCGCGGAGGCUGAUGAUGCUGGAGGAGAAGUAAAGUCUACUCAGCAAAACUACAUCCACAUUCGUAUCCAGCAGCGCAAUGGUCGCAAGACUUUAACGACGGUCCAAGGCCUGCCUAAGAAGUUUGACCAGAAGAAGAUUCUCAAAGUCAUCAAGAAGAAGUUUGCCUGCAAUGGCACUGUCGUCGCAGACACUGAGAUGGGAGAGGUGAUCCAGUUGCAGGGAGACCAGCGCAAAGAUGUUCAAGACUUCUUGACCGACAAGAAAGAGGGCCUAGGCCUUGAUGGCAAGACCAUCAAGGUCCACGGUUUCUAA